AUGGCAGGUUAUAUAACUCUUAAUCGUCUUUCACUCGUUCAAUUACAUUGUGAAGAACGUAAACAAAGAGCUCAUUUAAAAAAAAUAGCUGAAAUGCAACAACGAAGUGGUGUAGAUAAUGGCAAGCCGACAUAUUUUCCUCAUCUUAACAAUAAUUUUAACAGUCAAAAAAAAGAAAAAAGUAAAGAAAUUGAGAAAGAAAAUAAUAGCAAAUCAAAAAAAUUACUCGAGAUUAUGCAAUCAAAAGCAACUUAUUCACCAUCAACACAAAUUCAUCAUACGAGUCCAAAACGUCAUCAUCCAACAUUAACUUUAUCACAAGACAAUGCUGAAUUUCUUGAAAGAGUUUCAAAAGUUAAAGGUAUUUAUGAUACACGUGAAUGGAAACGAGGAUAUGAAGAACAUAAAGAGCAUUUACGAAUAGGUAAAAAUAAUAAAUUAUUUACACCACGUGAAAUUGGUGUUAAUCGACAACGAAUCGCAUCUAUUACAACAGCGAAUAGCAGACGAUCAACAUUUUCAUCCUCAACAAUGAAUCUUCAUCGCUCAUCGAACAAUAAUGCAUAA